UUCACUUGUGCUGCUUGUGAGGUUAGAAUUUAGAUUUUAAACUUUAAGACAACCUCUUGUUUGUUGUGUAGUGUAGUUGACAUGUGUUCAAUGAAUUUUUUCAUAAAAGUUUCAUUAAUAUGAAAGGAGUGUAUCAUUCAUCGAAAUUUCCUAAUUUAAUAAUAUAAUAAAUCCAUCAUGUCGGAACUAGAAAUGACUUUGCAGGACUACUUUCUAGUUUUUGAUAACUCUGCUGCAUACCAGGAUGAGUUCAAAGAAAACUGGAGUUUCACCAGUUGUAUAUCUUGUGAAGAAAGCUGGAAGAUGUUUUUCGAGCAAUCAUUUGAUAGUAGCUUAUUGAAGAUCCACUUCUCAACUCUGCCUGAAGAAAUUCGUAUCAAAGUAUUGAAAUUUGGAAUAUCUUGUAUUAUUUGUUUUGUUCAGUGCAACUUCACUGGGCCUAAUCUAGAUAAGAAAAUAGAGGAUUUUCUGAAUGGUGAGGCUUUUCUCAGUAUUCCAUUCACAAGACGUCUGUCCAUGAAUAAUGAAGAUAUUAAUGUGAAUACAAAAUUUCCUGCUCUAUUAGUCACAGCAAAAAUAAUUUUUGAACUAUGUGUUGUUGAUAACAACAUUAACAACUGGUGGUAUUGGAGGUCAAUUCUGAUCCAUCAAGAAAUACUGGAUGAAUUGAGUCCAACAUUACUUUCAGAUGCUGAUAGAAUAUAUAAAUAUUUUCAAGGUGAUCCAGACUUGAAUGCUAAUAUAAAGGCUUCUCUUGACAUAGAAGUUGCACAACUCUACUUACUAUUUCGACAUGUGUCAAAGGCCAAAGAACACAUUCUCUCAGCUAGUAAACUCCUGGGAGUUCACUAUAACCUGGUAGGAAUCCUGGGCAAGCGUACAAAGUACCAAGAAAAAAAUAUUCCUCAACUGUCAUUAAAAGUUACCUUAGAAGAAAAGAGUAGUAGUAUUGAAAGUAUAGAAGAAGAUUAUUCAAUCAAUCCUGAAAAUAUUCCUCUAAAUGAUGAUGUGCGUCUGGAUUUCAUUGAGUUUACUGAGGUAGGAGAAAAAGUUAAAUUAACAACUACUGAGCAGAAACUGUUUAUCACUAUUGUCCAAGAGACAUUGAUUGCCAAACCUCAGGAUGAGUUACAGGGUGAAGAGCUACAACCCUUUUUAAAUAUGAUUCUAAGUCUUAAAAGAAACACAUAUGCAGUUCGUGUAGUUGCUUUACUGUUGAGAUGCAAACUAGAAAGUAAAAGCAGACGUACAAUUGAACGUUCACUAGGUCAAUGUGAAGAAAUAAUUAACAGCCUGAAGAGACCAGACCCUCCCCCAUUCAACAGGGUAAUUGAUGUAUUUGGCAGUGGCAUGCCCCCAAUUUGGAAAAUUGAGACACAGUAUGCUGACCUGCUGUUGAAUAUGGGACUUGUUAAGAAUGCUCUUGAUAUAUAUUUGAAAAUUAAUCUUUGGGAGGAGGUUAUAGUUUGCUAUACUAUUUUGAAGUUGAGGCACAAAGCUGCAGAGAUUAUCCAGGAACAGCUUAAUGAGAAGCCAAGUGUCAAACUCUGGUGUCUACUAGGUGAUGCCACAGAUGACAUAAAUUGCUAUGAGAAAGCCUGGGAACUAUCAAAGCGCCGAAGUCACAGAGCCCAGCGUCACUGGGGCCAAUAUCUCUUCAUAAGAAAACAAUUCGAAGAAUGCAUUCCACAUUUCGAAAAGUCGGUCAGCAUCAAUCCCUUACAAUCCAACGUAUGGUUCCGUUUAGGUUAUGCUGCCUUGCAAACUGAAAAUUGGCAGACUGCUGCUACAGCUUAUAGAAGAUAUACAUUUCUAGAGCCUGAUGGAUUUGAAGCUUGGAAUAAUUUGGCACAAGCUUACAUAAAGAUUGGGAAUAAGAGAAAUGCUCAUCAAGCCAUUCUGGAAGCUUUAAAAUGCAACUUUGAGAAUUGGAAAGUUUGGGAGAAUCUCCUAGUAGUAAGUUGUGAUAUUUCAAACUUUUCUGAUGUAAUUAGGGCAUACCAUAUGCUUCUGGAUCUCAAAGAAAAGUACUUGAAUAUUGAAGUUUUGAACGUACUGGUUUAUAAUGUAUGUAAUGAUGUUAAUGAUGUUGAAGGACAACCUGCCCAAAGAUUCCUACAAAAGACAAGGGAACUCUUGGGUAGAGUCACUGCAAUUUACCCAGGAGAAGGUUAUAUAUGGGAAUUGUAUGCUAACUUAGCACCAGCUAUCCUUCUACGGACUCAGAGGUUGCAAAGAGCUUACAGAGGUUAUACACAAGGUGCAUGGGAUAAAAAUCCUUCUACGUGUCAGCAGGUCCUUUAUGUUUGUAUUAAAUUAGCAGACAUAGUUCUAGACAACGAGAUCGACCCUAAAGACACAAUCGUGAAUUCUAUUAGGUUGAAUUUGAAUUCUGCUAUUGCUGCAAUUAAAAAACAGGAUUGGGACGAGACAAAGGAACUGGUUGACCAAGUUUCAUCACAUCUAGAAAAAAUUGUACAAAAAUUAAAAUGUGAUGAUGGUAGGAUAGAGACUAGCAGUAAUUAGGUUCAUACAUUAUUGAAAUAUGUAUGUUUAUACAGGGCAUUCAGUUUAUAUGCUUGAGGUUGUCAGAAUUUAUACCAAAGUAUUCUUCAGUUCAGCAGUAUAUCGAAAAUAAUCCAUAUUACGCGUUAUUUCAAUGAAAGGACCCCACACACAUAUUAUGGGAAAUAGGUUUUGGUCAAAUUGGCUGAAAUUUUAAAGUUUAUGUUAUUUUUAUCAAACUUCUAUCCACAUUUUUUUUACAAAGCGUGGGACUGAAAUGUCAAGUGAUCUUAAUUUAUCAGUAAAACAAGUGAUUGUAUUCAAAUUAGGUUUGACAUAAUAAAGGAUGGAAAAUAUUGUGAACUUUGUUUUGAUCACCAUUCAAAAACCACAAGGGAUACCUAUAUUGAAUGGACUAAUGGGAGUCUUCCCAGCAUACAAUAUAUGAUGAUUUGGAAUGUGUGUGUAUAGUAAUUUUGAAUCACACAUAAUACAGUACCUACCUCAUUUGAAGUCUUCUUCAAGAGAGGAAUGACUGAUAGGAUUCUAACCAACGUUCUAUACAGGAUGAUGAGUCAUGGCAUACCAACACCCUAAAACAUUCUCAUUACCUAUUUAGGAACAGGUGGUCAUGCGUUCACUGCAUGUUACAAGAAAAUAUUCAAUUAAUGAGAUAAAAUUAUGAUAAAAUAUAUGGUUGUAAAUUUUAUUCACAGAUUGACCGAUUACGCGAUUAUUCAGGUAAUUUUGGCGCAAAAUAAGAAAUCAGUUGAUCAGUCUAAAGCUCUCAAGAAAUUUAAUUUCGUGAUGAUAAUGUGGUAAUAUUAGAUAGAUUUCAUUUCUAGUUUUUUUUUCAGACCAGACACACAUGUAAAUAUGUAUUGUUUGGGUGACCACAUUGUCAGAUGCGAAAAACAUGUCACGGUUCAUACGGUUGGAUAGUGUUAGCGCAGAGUGACUAGAAGUGCUAUCAUCGUCCAUGUGCGAUAUUGCAUCUCACUGUACCUAUAUUUCAUACUAGAUGUAAAUUUCUCAAAAUUAUAUUACUACAUUACUGAGCAAUAUCAACAGGAGUGGUAUAAAUGUUUUUAUUUCACUCUGUAUAUUGAUUCUAAUCACUGAUUGUUUCCUUGCAAGUUUUUGAGUUGGUUAAUUAUGAUUUUUUGGAUCUUGAUUUUGUAACGAACUGUCCGAGAUAAUGACAAUUGUAGAAUGACUGAAUCAAUUACCCUGUAUAAUUACGGAUACGACCUCCGCCUCAAUUUUGUUCACAUUCAAAAUUGAUAACGCUACAAGGUUUUUGUUUCAUUUCUAACAAUUACGAAUCAGUAUAAGCUAUACGCUUCAUUAUAACUCUUCAUCCGGUAUAUGAUAUGUUGGUAAGACUCCCAUAAUAUGUUGAUUACCCAUAGUUCUAAACCCAAGGUAUAGUAUGAUCAUAUUUUUUAUUAGGCGUGUUCGGGCAAAACACUAAUUUUAUAGCAAAAAUCAGUUCGGUUUUACUUUUUUUUUGACUUUUUUUUUUAUUAUCUUUUUUCUUGUUGACAAAUACAUGACUAACUAUAUUUUUCUAAAGAAAGUGCAUAGUGCAAAGUAUAUAGUCAUUAUGUAGUCCAUAACAUUCUCCGGGCACCGCAAACGACUACUUAGGCUUCAAUAAAACAAUCUUCGUUAUAGGCCUUCGAUAUGUUCCUGUUGCAGUUUUCACUUCGACCACUCUAGUUUUCUUGUCGCGUCCAGGGAAAGUUCGUAUUAUUUUCCCCUUUGGCCAUGUAUUCCUUGGCUAAAUCACCUUCAGUGAUGUCACUCUUGUUGUGCUGCCACUUGCUUCGUUUGAUCAGCGUUGGCACAUAUUCUCGUAGCCAACGGCGCCAAAAGAGAUCAGCAAAUCUUUGUGCAAUACGCCAUUGUCUCCGUAAAUGAGAGUCCGCAUCAGAAAACACACCUGGCGAACCUACUUCAUUCAUUUUACCAAUGAGGAAAUGGUUAGGUGUCAAAGCUUCGUCAUCUAGGUGAUCCGAUGAGACAUAAGUAAUUGGGUGGCUGUUCACUGUAUACUCUAUACCUCAACUAGAAGAGUAUGCAGAAUUUCUUCUUUGGGUGUCUGUUCAGUUAAAAUAGUUCUCAGAGCAUUUUUGACAGUUCUUAUCAUCCUCUCCCAUACUCCUCCCAUGUGGCUGGCUGCUGGUGGAUUUUUUGACCAUUGAAUAUGUCGAACACAACAAAACUGUUGGACCUUGUCUGCGUCAAUUUCUUGGAGGGCUAACUUCAUUUCUUUUUCAGCACCACAGAGAUUUGUUCCAUUAUCGGAGUGUAUUUCAGAAGGACUUCCUCGUCUACAAAUAAAUCGACGAAUUGCCAUUAUUGCAGAAUCGGUUGUUAGAGAGGAAGAUAGCUCGAGGUGAAUGGCUCUUGUAGACAUGCAAGUGAAAAUCACUCCGUAUCUUUUUUCCUUUCUUCUUCCGAUGGUGACUGUCAUGGGACCAAAAUAAUCCAUUCUUGUGAUCAUAAAGGCUCUGACUUGAGGAAUUGUGCGACAAUCUGGUACUUGACCCAUUUGUUGCGUUUCCAACUUGGCAUUUUUCCUCCUACAGAUAACACAGGACAUCACACAACUUUUUACAGCUGAUCUCGCAUUAAUAAUCCAAAAUCUGUCUCUUAACUGGUUAAUUACUUGUUCUCUGCCCGGAUGAUGAUUCAAAUUAUGAUAAUGUCUCACUAGUAAUAUUGUAAACCAAUGUUUCGAGUCCAGAAUGAUUGGCUGUCUCAUUGGUAAAUCCAAAUGUUCUGCUUGAUCCAAUCUUCCGCUCAAUCUUAGUACUUUAUCUUCGUCAAGAAUAGGAUUCAACUUUGACAGACGACUCGACCUGCUAGGAUUUUCUUUUCGAAUAAUUCGUUCUAUCUCUUCAGCAAAACUUUCAUUCUGUGAUAUCUUGAUAAUUUCGAUUUCAGCAUAUACAAAUUCUUUCACCGAGAGUUCAUUUGAGUAUGGCUGAGUACCCAAUAAGCCAAUUUUAAUUUUCAAAAUGUUGAUGAAUCUGAUGACCCAUGCGGCAGCUCUCACGAGACGCAAAUAAUUGGAGAACCUUGAGAAGUCGAAUAUACCUUUCAUGUUUUCUAUUGUCACGAACACAUUAUUCUUUCUUUUUUUCUCAUCUGUAUUUGCCGAUAUCUCUCCUUGUUCUUGAGGCCAUAAUUCUUCAUCUGAAAUAAGGAAUUGAGGUCCAUUGAACCAUUUUUGGUAGUUGUCGAUGUCCCACAUUCCACGAGUUGCGUCAUCUGCUACGUUCAGUUUAGUCGGAAGCCAAUGCCAAUCUUCGGAAUUCGUUGAUUCUAAGAUUUCUCCUAUUCGGUUUGCGACGAAAGUCUUGUAGUUUCUUGGAGGUGACAUUAUCCAACUCAGUACUAUUUUUGAGUCUAUCCAGAAGAACUUCUUGUUGAUUUUCAGGCCAUGUCCAUUCGAAAUUGUUUCAGCUAAACGGGAUCCCAACAGAGCUGCUUGAAGUUCAAUCUUUGGUACGGUCAUCGGCUUCAAAGAAGUGACUCUUGACUUUGCCAUCACAAAUGAAGUGUAUAUUUGGUUAUUUGAAUCCUUCAUUCGGAAGUAAGAUACAGACGCGUAUGCUUUUUCGCUACCAUCAUUAAAGGUGUGCAAUUGAAUUUCCAUGAUUUUUCGGCUGAAACCAUACCAUCGAGGAAUAUUCAAAUUUCCAACUUUGUACAGAGCCUUCACCCAAUAUUUCCAUUUUUCGAAUAGUUGAGAGUUCAGUUUAUCAUCCCAUUCCAAUUUGUAGGACCAAAUUUCUUGCAUAAGAAUCCUGGCUUGAAUCGUAAAUGGCGCUAGUAGACCAAGUGGAUCAUAAACAGACAUAACAACUUUUAUGACUUGUCUUUUCGAAGGAAUAUUGUUUUCUGAGAGUAUAUCUCUAUUAUUCGUGAGAAACUUGUCAGAAAAACUGAAACGGUCAUCUUUUGGGCUCCAUAUCAGUCCCAAUGUCCUCUCAAAAGUUGGCCACUUCUCGAAAUCCAAAUUUACAAUGCUUUUCGACCUCAGAUCAGCUGGAACAUUUUUGAUAACUUCAGGCGAAUUACUGAGCCAGCCUCUCAUUUUGAAUCCUCCACGAUUAUGAAUAUCGAUGACUCCCUUGACUACUUCGCUGGCAUGUUCUUCAGUUUCAAAGCUAUCUAAGUAGUCAUCCAUGUAGUGAUGGUUCUCAAUAGCUUUGGCAGCUUCAGGACAUCUAUCGGCAUACUUCUUUGCAUUCUGACGAAUCACAUAUAUAGCACAGCUUGGGGAGCAUAUUGCACCAAAUAUCAUGACUUCCAUUCGAUAGGUGAGAAUAGGACCUUUUCUAUCUCUCCCCCGCCACAAAAACAACUGAGAAUUUUUGUCUUCCGGAUUUAUAUGGACUCGUAAAAACAUUUCUUCUAUAUCUCCCAUCACAGCAACUCGAUUGAUGUUCUGGCAAUUUUGAUACGAGUUGGCUGAGAAGUUGAGGAUUGUUGAUAUAUGCCUCCAUUUUCAAUGACUGAGCAGUAACGGCGAGAUUCUGAACAGAAUUUGCGAAUUUGAUGAAUGAUAAUGCAUACUUUGUAUUAACCGGGGGUAAAAGCUUCACUUUAUUCAUCAUAGAAUCAAUUAUGAACUCAGGACGUCCAAAUCUGGUCUCAAGUGUAUGAAUAAUAUUUUCCAAAUUAUCUGGACAAACAAAUAGCGAUUUCACUGUAUCCAAAGCUUCUGAUUUCAAUGCUUUUUGAAGACGUAUCAUGUUUUCCUCAUUACUGAAGCAACAUGUUUCGGUAGAUCUUCUGUAGAGGGUAAUGAACAUAGGCCAGUCUUCUAUGUUUCCAUUGAAAGAAGGAAGUUCUUUCCCAAGAUUAUUUCGAAAAGGCAAUUUUGAUGAUUCAUUUCGAAUUUGAUUAUUUUCUGACAACGACUUGAAAGCAUCUGUCAUUUUUCGGGUUGCAGUUGUGAAUUCCUUGAUAACGUCCACUGCGACUGAAUCAAUCGGUUUCGAACAAUCUCCAUUCGAAAUAGUAUGAGUAGGAUGAUCUGGUUCUUGAUCACAAUGUAAAGAUUCCUGUUUGAAUAACCACGAGUGGACUUUCUCAUGUGAACACGAUGUUCCUCCUGAAAUAUUUAUUGAAGCUCGAGUGCUGCUGCUUCUAGCACUACUGGCACCUUUCUUUCUGCUACUUCUUUCGCUUGUAGUUUCCAUUAAUUUUUCUGCUUCCAGAGAUGCUUUGGCUUCAACAACAGCUAAUUCCCUUUCUAGCUUUCUCUGUUCAAAAUUUUCCCGUAUUCUAUUCAUAGCUUCUAACUUUUUCAAUUCAAUUUCUUUCAUUUUGAUGCUUGUUAUUGAACUUUUAGACUUUGCAGACGUAGAAGCUAUCGAAUUAUUUUCUUCGUUUGGACUGUAUCUUUCUGGCGGUAUUCCUGCAUAACAUCUGCUGGUUUUCCUUGUACUACCUCCGGUCUGUGACAUUUUCGUUGAAUCUCAAACGGCUUCAAUUUCAGCUAAAUUGAAUGUUCUUUAUUCCAAAUGUUAUGUACGAAGGCUCGACGGACCAAAUGUUCGGGCAAAACACUAAUUUUACAGCAAAAAUCAGUUCGGUUUUACUUUUUUUUUACUUUUUUUUUAUUAUCUUUUUUCUUGUUGACAAAUACAUGACUAACUAUAUUUUUCUAAAAAAAGUGCAUAGUGCAAAGUAUAUAGUCAUUAUGUAGUCCAUAACAAGGCGUGAUUGAAAAAAUAUCGAAAUGGCACACGCAGCCGAUAUGUUGGAUAUUUUGAAUUGUGAUCAAGACUGAUUUCACCAUUGAUCAUAUUUUUUAUAAGGCGUGAUUGAAAAAAUAUCGAAAUGGCACACGCAGCCGAUAUGUUGGAUAUUUUGAAUUGUGAUCAAGACUGAUUUCACCAUAUUUUGUAUCCUUCAUUAUGUCAAACCGAAUUCGAAACAAACAAUUACUUGCUUUAUAGAAAAUUAAGAUCACUCGACAUUUCACGGAAGUCAAACUUCCACACUGUAUAAAAAAAACGACAUAGAAUGAGAAGUUUACGCGUAUGGAAACUUCUGAUUAGAAAAAUAUAAACUAUGAAAUACCCUAAUUUCAGCCAAUUUGACCGAGACCUGCUUUCUCCAUAAGAUCUGUACAGGAUCCUUUAAUGCAUAGCAUAUUACAAUAUACCCUUUACACUGAUUACACUGAUCUAACAUCUACAAUGCAUUGGAAGAUCGGUAAUUUAGUUUACUAUGUAUUGAAUUGUUUGAAUUGUUGGACUAAUUGGUUAUGUCAAUUUUUUUUUAUUCCAUCGGAAAAAGUUGAUGAAUCUGAAAUACCUUUUUGGAAUAUUGUGAACAUUUAAAAACAAAUCUCAAACUGAAUAAAAUUCAUCAAUCAUGA